GUUCGUCUUUGUCUUCCCUUUUGAAUUCUCCACAGGACUGAGCAGCUUCAUCACAUCUCUCUGUCGACGAAGUCCCGUUACUUAAAAUCCAAAUUUAAUUCAUCUUAUUCAACAUGUCUGAUACCGAGGAAGUUAUCGCCGCCGAGGAGAUCGUCGAGGUCGAGGCCUCCGCUCCCGCUGGUGGAAUGACCGUCGAGGAGGCCCUCAAGGGUGUUCUCCGCAAGGCUCUCAUCCACGACGGUCUUGCCCGUGGUCUCCGUGAGGCCUCCAAGGCUCUUGGCCGCCGUGAGGCCCACCUUGCUGUCCUCUGCGACUCUUGCGAUGAGGAGUCGUACGUCAAGCUCAUUGAGGCUCUCUGCGCUGAGCCCGAGAACAAGAUCCCUUUGAUCAAGGUCUCUGACUCCAAGAAGUUGGGCGAGUGGGCUGGUCUUUGCGUUCUUGACCGUGAGGGUAACGCUCGCAAGGUCGUUGGUGCUUCGUGCGUUGUUGUCAAGGACUGGGGUGAGCAGUCUGCUGAGCGUGACUUCUUGCUCCAGUACUUUGAGAGCAACUAAGGUGCAGGCAGUUCAUGUAUAGUUCAUAGUUUUUUUUUCUUGGGUAUCAUGGGGUCAUAAAAGUAUCUUUUGUAUAUAUCUAUUGGGUUCAUUGCGCGAGGAAAGAAAAUAAUGAAUUGAAUUGCAGCAUUUAUGAAAAGUUGAGCUAUAUUG